CGAGAUUUAUCUCACAUCACUGACCAUGGCUCCUCCAGUCGAAUUCCCCAUUACCCCCAGCCUCGGCACGGGCCUGCGCCUGUUCUUCCACUCGCAGCUGUUCAUCACGCCUCCAUUGCCUACACACUCCUUCGCCAACCAGACAGUUAUCGUCACUGGCUCCAACACUGGUCUCGGGCUCGAAGCCGCGCGUCAUUUCUAUCGCCUCAACUGCGCCCGACUCAUCCUCGCCGUCCGCACGGUCGCAAAGGGCGAGGCCGCCAAGGAGGACAUCGUGAGCACCGUAAAGCAACGAGCAGACGCCGAUGCGAUCGAAGUCUGGCCGCUGGAUAUGUCCAGCACCGCCUCGACGCUUGCCUUUGCGGAGCGUGUGAAGACGGAGCUGCCACGGGUGGACGUGCUGGUCGAGAAUGCAGGAAUCAACACCGCCGACUGGACACUUGUUGAAGGUUACGAACAGGCCGUACAAGUCAACGUGUUGAACACAUUUCUGCUGGCACUGUCACUGUUGCCCAAACUCACCGAUACCAAGACUACCUUCCCCGAUUCGCAUCCGCAUCUAGUCAUCGUCAGCUCCGAGGCGCACCGUCUGACCAAGUUCCCUGAGAUCAAUGCGCCUGAUCUAUAUGCGAAGCUGAACGAUCAAGCGGAAUUCAGCCAGCAGCCUAGAUACCAAGCCACGAAGCUCAUCGAGAUUCUGUUCACGCGCGAACUCGUCGCGCGGCGCAAGACUGCUUCGCCUCCCGCUGUCAUUAUCAACGUGGUCAAUCCGGGCCUCUGCACGUCCAAUCUCGAUCGUCGAGGCCCUCAACCCCCUCUGCUUGUACGGAUUGUGCGUAGGAUUCUUGACCGCACUACCGAGGUGGGCGGACGGACUUUCGUACUCGCUGCCUCGGCCCCAGUGAGCUCACACGGGGAGCUCCAAAGCGACGGGGCAAAUCAGGAUGUCGAGUCGUGGAUCUACACGGAGGUCGGAAUUCGGGCACAGAGGAAGGUGUUCGAGCAGACGUGGAGGGUUUUGGAAAUGCGGAAGCCGGGCAUUGGUCAAGAGGUGGGGCUGUGA